AUGAUAUUUGCCGAACAAACAUCAUUUGUCAAAGGGAUUAUUAUAAAAGUCCUUUGGUUGCUCGUUCGAUUUACACUUUUAUGUACAGAAUUCAGUGUUUUAGUAUUUGGCAUUUAUUUCGGUCGCUCAUAUCCAAAUCGACCAUGGAUAAAAAUAAUAAAAGUCUUAAUUAUAUCAUCGCUUUGUUCGUUGAUUUAUACUGUUAUACAAGCCGUUCUUGAAUUUCGUGGUGAUGCACGUCCGAACGACUUUCAAAUGACAAGUUAUAAUCUCUAUUCCUAUGGUGGCAUGAAAUUUCUGCUUAUGUCAAGUUCAAUUUUUCUUAUUAUGUAUAUUGUUAUCUGUCUUUUACCAUUGUUGUGUCGUCAACAUCGUAAAUAUUUGCCAAUUCGUCGGUCGUUUUACAUUUAUUGUUUCAUUAUGGCAUUUAUCAAUGGAAUUCAAAUAGUCGGAACAACGUUGAAUUUAACUGAAUCAUCAAAAUAUGCAACGUGCAUUGUUGAUGGUACAACAUGCAUAUUUUAUGUUUGUUUUGCUCCAUUUGUCUAUCAUCAAUUUUUGCGACGAGCGCUAAGUUCGCAAACUCUCAUUCCGCAAGUAAUGUACGCCGAUUCAACUAUCAACGAUGAUGGCGAAGACGAUGAUUUGAUAGAUGACGACAUGAAUUCCAAUCGGCCUUUACUUAAUUAUUCGCCAGAUUAUGAUGUAGAUUCGUCAUAUUCAAUAUUAGUAAGGCCAACUAUGGCCUAA